AGGGAAUGAACUGCUGAGUGGGGCCUUUCGUCCUAUCGUUUCUUAUAACAGGAGGUUUGAAGCUGGAGGUGGCUGAUCAAAAUGCUAGAGGUGAUGGCGGACGGUGGGAGGAGGCUCGUGACACUUGACGACCUCAUCGAUGCUUUGGACAAGCGCGAGAGGGCGCCAAGCAAUGUCCCAAAGAUUGGGACGUUCCACUUCAAGGGGGAUCGAGUAUCUGACUGGUUGGACCUGACAGAGCAGGCGCUGGUAGGACUGUCAGAUGAAGUCAAGCUCCAGGGGGUCCUAAGUUGGAUAAAGUUUGGGGACCUGAUGCGGAGGAAGUACGGAUUGGGGGAUGACCUGUUGACCAUGGACGACUUGGAGGCCAUGAAUAAGGAAGACUUAUCUACCAUUGGGGCGUUUGUGCACGAAUUUACGAAAAAGGCAAGGAAAGUGCACGGGAUUUCAGAGGAGGCGCAGUGCGCCACAUUCCUAGGAUUGCUUAUGGGCUUGGACGCCGCAAAAUUGACAAAGCAUGGGGAAGGGAGUGAGAAGCUCACCUGGGAGGAAGAAGAGGAGGGUGAUGACGAAGAGGAUGAGAGGCUCCGCCAGGAGGAGGACCGGCGAGCUGAGCAGAGGGCCAAGAAGAGAGGAGUUCAGGGAGAGGCGGAGCCGAGCCUGCGCGAUGGCGCGCCAAAAAGGAAGAAGUACGCGGUCCGGCUAGAGGAGGGCUUUGACGUGGAGCGAAUGGUGGACAAGCUCCUGGAAGGUCAUAACGAUCUGAUGAAUCUGAAAGAUAUCUUGGCGUCAGCACCAAGGCUCCGUGGUGAGCUGAAAGGGCGGCUCUCACGAAGGUUAGUGCCCAACGUCCACCUAAGCUCGAUUUUGCCCACGGAGAUAGAGUGGACAGAGGCGCGUACCGGGAUGGAUUGGAAAUGUGUGGCAUGCGGGUUAGUGGAUUUGAAGGUUAGGGACCAGCCGAGCAUUGCAAUGGUGGACACGGACGCGGAGAUGAACAUUAUCCGGGAGCGAGAUGCGUCCAUGCUAGGGCUGGAGGUCGACCAUUCGGACCAUGGUGUGCUGCAUGGCGCCAAUUGUAAAGCAAUUUUCUGCGGCACCGCGUCCAACGUGGUGGUGGAAAUUGGAAGGGUAAGGGAACGAAUGUGCUUCUUUGUCAUGCCCGAUGUCGACCACCCUAUCCUUUUGGGGAGGUUGUUCCUCUGCCGAAUGGAGACCUUGGUCUUCAAUAGGCACGAGGGGAUGAUGAUCCAGGCCCUAUCUGAUCCGGCCUGCGGGAAGUAUGAGAUAUCAAGUGCCGGAACACAGGACCUGGAAGUGGGAGAAAAAGGCUCAACCUUGGCUCCUUUACCUUCAAGGAGUUUGAGUAUGCGCGACGAAAACUCUGGGAGGAACAGGAGGAGCGGGCGAGAGGAUGAAGAGGCCUAUUAUGAGCGGGAGCGGGGACUUAUCAGACGAAUGCGGGAGCGUGCGCAGGCAGGACCGUGUCGAAUAAAUGAUGGGACUGAAGAGGGGCUAAUAAUGGGCGAGCCAGGCUUCCUUUCGCCCCAGGAGAGGACCGUGAUGGUGGGGACCAUGAAGAGGAGGCAUUGCGCAUAUGCGUUUAACGAUGACAAGCGUGGGAGGUUUGACAUGGAUAAGAUUCCAAUGAUACGAAUCCAUACCGUCCCACACGAGCCGUGGAAUGUGAGGAGCGCGCUAUAUCCGAAUCCGGAUGAGAAGAAGAAGGUGGUGGACUAUCUGGACAGGAAAAUGCGAACGUACGUGGCAGACUACUCCAGUGGACCGUAUGCCUCCCCUUGGUUUUGCUUCAUCAAGCCCAACAGGACGCUACGGUGGGUGCAGGACCUGCAGCGUUUGAAUGCGGUGACGGUGCGGGACGCGGGAGGAUUGCCAAACACGGACGCCCUGUCAGAUUCAUGCGCAGGAAGGCCUAUAAUUUCACUGAUGGACCUUUAUUCCGGGUAUGACCAAUGUCCUGUAUACCCGCCGAACAGACCGGUGAUGGCGAUGCAUACGCUGAGGGGGCUGAUCCACAUGAAUGUGGCCCCUCAGGGGUGGACUAAUGCGGUGGCGAUGGUGCAAAGGCACAUGAUAAGGGUCAUGCAGACGAUUAGUCCACAUAUUACCCAACCCUACAUUGACGAUCUGGCGGUCAAGGGUCCAAAGGAGAGGGAGGAAGACGAGGUGAUGCCAGGAGUAAGACGGUUCAUUUGGAAGCACAUCCAGGAUAUCGAUAAGGUUCUGGGCCUGCUGGAAGCGCACAACCUGACGGCGAGCGGCCCCGAGUCGAAGCAUUGUAUGAGGGAGGCCACGAUUCUGGGCUUCGUCUGUAAUGAGAAGGGGCGGAGGCCAGAUGUGAAGAAGACGGACAAGAUCCUAGAGUGGCCAGUGCCCUUUCAGUCUAUAACGGACGUGAGGAGCUUCCUUGGGACGUGUGGUUUUUGGAGGAGUUUCGUGAACGACUUCACCACCAAGACGGAGCAUUUGAGGAAGCUGGUGCGUCAGGAUCAGGAGUGGGUCUGGGGCGAGGACCAGGAGAAGGCUGUGGAAAGGAUGAAGGGAGAGUUCAAGGAAGGAGGCUUGGUGCUAGGAGCGCCAAAUUAUGAGGCCGCGGAGGAAAGGUCAUUCGUUGUUGAGACGGACGCUGGGCCAAUUGCCUUAGGAGGGAUCCUGAUUCAGGCAGACGCGGACGGGAAGGAGAGGCCGUUAAGGUCUGACUUUUCGAAGGCAGUCAUGCAGAGGGGCGGGAGGGACACACGGCCACGGCAGGGGUCCCAGAGGGCAGCAGGAAGGGGCGAGCAGCAUGAGCCGCCCAGGAGGGAGCCUACGCCAGAGUUCGACGACGAUAACAUUGAGCUCUUCCUGGACGUGUAUCGGGAUCAUGCGGCACAGAGAGGGUGGUCAGUGGCGGAGAGGAUUCACCACUUGAGGGUUGAGUUUCGACGGAUCACGAGCGAGGAGCUGAGGCCAUCUUCACCGUCGCCAUCAGGGCUGGAGCUGGACGUACCAGGGGAGACGCCAUUCCGGAGCUUAGCGACUCACCUUGAUGUAUCUCGAUGGGAAGCCUCACGGUUGGGAGAGGGCUCAGCUGAGCCAGUGCGCUAUGUACCGUUAGAAGAGCCUCUUGACCUCGAGACGGAGCAAACACGCGAGACCAAGAGGGGGCCGCAAGGCCCUGGGAUGGCAGUCAAGCAGCCAGGUCCGGUACGGCCUCUGGAUGAGGAGGUGAUCACGGUCGGAGACGAUACCCCUCCAUGCUCCCCAGCUCCAGAGCAAGCACAACAUUCAUGGCCAAAGGGGAUUCCUGAGCCAGGCAGUGAGGAAAUUUCGGAGUUUCCCCCAGAGACCACUGCGGUGCCUGACCAGAGGGACGCGGCCCGCCAGAGAUCACGAGAGACGGGGCAGGCGGACGUGGGGGUGGGUGAGCUGAGGGAGAUGGGGGACUUGGGGUUCUCUGCGACUAGGAUGGCGAUUGAGCGUGUGGACAAGAAGAUAUGCGAGACGGCAGUUACAUCCUUUCAGUGGUAUAGUUUACUCAGUCGUGAGCUCAGGGUCAGAGAGUUGGAGGUGGAGCACCUGACUACUCAGCUUGCCGAGGAGAGGGCGAGGAACCAGGCCCGAGAGAUUGAGUGGGAGAGGAGAUUUAGGGAAAUGGCAGCCAUUGUGGACAGGCUCUCGGCAGCCUGGGAGGCUAGCCAGACGGGACGAGUCGGUGCCGAUGGCCAGGACCGAGGGAUGCGGGCUUCGCCAAGCCAGGAAGCAGCGGUGGGGGCCCCUCGGCAGGCUGGGCCAAUUGGGGAGGUGCCUCUGGAUACGACCGAAGAAGAGGGUGGCGCCCAGGAGUCACUUAUGGCAAUAUCCACGGAGAGAAGAGGCUCACGUUUGCAUGAGCUGGCAGCAGCCAUGGGGAUAGGUACACCGCAGGAGAGGCCUCAGAGGCUUGAUACCCUAGGCUACACCCUAGGGCUGGGAGAGUUGAGGGCGGAGUUGGGCUCGUGGGCCUUAGAGACGGACUCAGGCGGCAGCAGCAACAAGACGUCGUGAGUGAGCCGGCCGCCGUGGCGGGCUUACAGCCGUCAGGAUCAUGUGGGGAUGUGGAGGCGACGGAGAGGCCUCACGAGGAGAGACCCCGAGAGUUGGGCAYGCCAGGCCACGAGUCAGUGAGCACUUCCGUGCGAGGGGGUAAGGACGCUGAGGCUAUGGAGUCUGAUCCUCGGGGCCAUAUGGGGGUACCAUUAUGCCACGAGGUGACCACCGAG